AUGACCGUAGCCUCAUCCCCAGAUCAUUCCCCUGCGUCAUCACUAUCACGGUCUUACUCCGCGCCCGCGAAAAUCAAAACGACAGAAGAGCAUGAUUCGGAAAAGCCUAGUUUUGUGAAAGAUAAUUUCUUAACGAGAACAAUCUUCGCACCGAUUCUAUUCCUCUCAUUCAUACUCUCCCUUGCCAUAGUCGACCGAAAACGUAGAUUGGAAGAAGACAGACAACAUGGCAUUCUUACAAACCGACAGCGGCUUUUGUACUUUUGGCUACAUUGGAAGAUACCUCAGAUCCCUAAGAAUGACUUGAGGUCAGCUACAGAGCCGUGUUUGGGGAGAACAAGUGCCCUUGAAAACGAUAGCGAUUCAGGACGGAGUAGUAGCCGGCGGGGCAGUAGUUAUUCGGAGGAUUAUGGUGAGCGGGAUGAAGCCAGGAUGCUGGAGAUUAAGACACUGGCGGAGAAACAGCGGGAGGCACGCAGCAUGAGUGCUGCCUCUCCGACAUCGUCAUCACUUAGCUUCCCCUCCUCCCUCUCUUCUAUCUUCGGACUCUUUAUAACCAUACCAUCCAUCAUCAUAAAAUCUUCCAAGCUGGCGACCAUUCACAAACUACCCCUCGACCCCCUCGCCUUCGGAGAUCUAGAUCCUGAGGAAUACUACGAUUUAGACCUCGCAUACGACUACUCCUACGACGAGGACUUCCAGAAUAACUAUUUCUCAGACUCUAUUUCCUAUCUCUACGAUCUCCUUCCUUACAUCUCUUCUAGUGCAUUCGCCGACGUUGCGAUGCACAUGCGCACAAGAAGUCGGAACCGACUAUCCGGAGCAUUAGAUUCGCUUCGUGAUAGGGUCGGAAGGAAUGGAGAUCGUUUAAAAGCCGAUAUGCCUUAUCUAAGCUAUCAUGACAUCUGUCUCUACCAAGAAGACAUAAACUGCCUUGAAAAUGACUGGUUAACAGACAACAAUAUUGCCUUCUGGGAAGAGUACCUCGAACGUGAAGUUCUCUCCCAAAGCGACUGCAAAGGCAUCAUCCUCCUCCGUCCUUCGAUGGUCUUCCUCCUUCGCGUGGAACCCUCAAUCCUAAACAUCCUCUCUGCCCUCCCGCCGAUAACAUCGGCAACACAUAUCUUCCUCCCAAUAAACGACAAUAGAGAUCCAAACCUGCCUGAGGGAGGUAGUCAUUGGUCUCUGCUCGUUGUUAGCGUGAAAGACAGAGCUGCAUUUCACUAUGAUUCACUGGGAGGGUCGAAUAGACGGCAUGCGAGGGAUGUGGCGGCGAAGGUCGAGGAGUGGAUAGGAUAUCCACUCAACCUAUAUGAGUUGGACGAUGAUACACCUCAGCAAGGAAAUUCUUACGACUGUGGUGUACACGUUUGCAUGAAUAUGCGACGUUUGUUGGAUAGGAUGCUAGACACACCGGCAGGGAAGGGGGUAAAAAUGAGCUUGAAGGGGAAGGGGUGGGACGCUAGGGGUGGGAGGAAUGAAAUGCUAGGUAUUGUGACGAAACUAAGGAGGAAGGCAGAGAGGAGCUUAAGUCCUGGUGAUAGACGAGGGAGGGAUGGCAGAAGUCCACCGCCAAGGAUCGAGUAG